AUGUUCCUGUCCUUCCUCCGAUCGCAGUUGGAUAUCCCAUUGUAUUGCCUAUGGCUCAUUACCGCAGCUCUUCUAUGCGAUUUGAACACCAUUUACUGUACCGAUCUUGAUGACGAUUUUGCAGAGUUUGUGGAUCCAGAUGACACACCUACUGUUGAAAUUACUGGAGCAGUUCCUGUCCACUCAGGCCGUCAGUACAAAGCGGAGAGUGUGGAUGAAAACAUAUCUGGGAAUAGCUUCUCUCAAAGUGAUGCGAUCAAUCUGGAUGAUGACGAAGCAGUCUUUGACACAGCCAAGUCACCAGCUCUCAGAUCAAUCAUAGAAGAUAGCGAAUUAGAUGAAAAGUCGAAAGACAUCAGACUUGACGAUGAUGAAGAGUUCGAAGGUCUGUCAAUUAAUCAACCAAUUCCAAAUGCCGACAAAACAAAAAGUGGUAAACGAAAUCUAAAAAUUGCCAAGGUUCCACAUCAUCUUACUCGUUCAUGGGACAAUUAUCAUGCAGAAAUACUAUUUAUAUUAGCCUUAAUGAUAUAUUCUUUGAAUUUUGUAAUUGGACGUUCUAAAAAUACACAGCUGGCAAACGCUUGGUUUUCUGCUCAUCAACCACUAUUAGAAGCGAAUUUUGCUGUAGUCGGUGAUGAUGGUCAGGCUGAACCUGGAACUGGGACAUUAAUGAAAGAAUCAGAGCACUUAUAUUCUCUUUGGUGCACUGGGACUGUACAUUGUGAUGCUAUGCUCAUUGAAUUACGUCUAGUAAAACGUCAGUGUUUAUUUUUCGCAAUUGCCAACUGGAUAAGACCAGUUCAUGAUAGCAUUGUUGUGAAAGUCAUCAUGGAUGAUUCUGAAAUGGAUGGAUGGGUUAUGGCGGUUGGACGAAAACGUCGUCUUCAAGCCUUAUCAAAAGAUCAUCAAGAUUUAGCUGUAUAUUGUCCAGAUAAACGUGGCCAACGACAUCCCUAUAUACCAGAAUCUUUCAUGAUUUUAAAUGAAAUUCCAGAAGUUGUCCCGGCAAUUUUCAAUCCUCUUGUUUGUAAAUUUUUAAAUGAUUUUGAAGAAUCGAUUGAAUAUUUGUUUUUCUCCGAUCAAUACAGUGGACCAAAACCACCACAAGAGGAUACAAAUACUCCUACAAAACCUCCGGUUACACAGAAAGCUCUGAUUUUUGCAUUUAGAUAUGUUCCAACAACGGCCAAAUCGAAAUCUUUCUCAGCAUCAUCACUUACAUCAUCAAAUGACAAUGAAUCAGUUAAUACUAAUAAUCAUCAACAUCAACCAAUUGAAUCAGCAACUGCGCUAUUUCAUUUCAUUUUCUAUGUAAUUGAAAAAGCUCGUCGAUUUCGACUUAGUAAAGAGGGUAAGGCUAAAUCAGAAAGAAAUAGGCAACGUGCACAUGAUUCACAUCUUAAAUCAAUGCAUAGUCAACGACAAGAAGCAGCUCAAAAUCGUCGUGGUGAACGCUUACGGGCUGCUAAAGAGCGUAUAAUGGCUGAAGAUGAUCCUGAGAAAGCUCGAAAACUUGAGGAGAAAGAACAACGUAAAGAAAAGUUGAAGAAAAUGCCAAAAAUGAAAAUGCUUAAAAUGAAUUCAUCAUCGAUAAAUCCUACAAGUACUAAUACUACUAUUACUACUACUACUACUACUACUACUACUACCACUACUACUACUGGUAUCAACGCCAUAACAAACCAUAUCGGUAGCCAUAAUCGUCAUCGAAUCAAUACUUCACCAUAUCAUACAAAACAUCAAACGAAACCAAUCAAUAUUUGGUGGCAAUAUGUCAAUCCUAAUUUAAAUGAAUUCUGUUCAGAAAAUGAUGAAGAUAUUCACUAUAUGUGGAAUAAUAAACGUGCCCAAAAUUUCCCAAAUGAACAUGAUCAUAUGGAUGAGAAAAGUGAACAGGAUACCGGCGGUACACAGGAACAACUGGAAAUGGAAGAGAACAAGACAGAGAUUAUACACUAUCAACCUAAUCGAUAUGAUGUGAGCUCUGAUAAUGAUACUAGUUCAAAUUAUUCGAAUAACACAAAGAAUUGUUUAGACUUGAAACAAUCGAAUACAAUGUCCUAUUCACUUCCAUUGCCAAUACUUGUCCCAAUACCGAUUAUUACACCUUAUCUUACUAGAAUGUAUCCAGAUGUAAAAAUGAAUUCAUUUCAAUGUUGUUCAACUAUUGUGGAUAGUGAUGAACCGGAAUCAUUGUCUUCCAAUCAAUUGAUACUUGGUGUCAAACUUCCUUUUUCUGCUUUGGAUUCGCCAAUACGUGCCAAACCACCCUCGUCUGUACGUGUUCCUCCACCGCCUUCAAUAAAUCAAUAUCAUCAUCAAUAUCAUCACCGUCAAUAUCAUCAUCCUCUUGACUAUCAUCAUCAUCAUCAGCAGCAGCAGCAACAACAACAUUACACAUCAACAUCCACGUCAGUGCCACACAAACAAAUCAAUAUUAAACAGGAUAGUAGUUGUUCAUCACCAUCCCUAUUAUCCAUUCAAGAAUCAAUAAUCACACCGAAUCAAUAUUCAAACUUUAAAUGCACAAAUAUUUCACAAUUUAAUAAUGUACAAAAUGCAUAUAAGAGUUUCAAUAAUGAUAACUUUUAUACUACUAAUACUACUACUACGACUACUACCACUAAUCAUCACAUAAAUACUACUAAUAAUGACAAAUGUUCAUCAUUAGAAAAAUUAAUCGUUUCAUCAUCACAUAAAACAAUAGAAUCAACAUUCGACACAAUAUCACCGAAUGAAUCAAUGAAAAAAUCAACUGAUACACCAAAAGUAUCCUAUUCCACAAUGACUUCAAUUAGUCAUCCUUCAACGGAACAUGUCAUAGUAAAUGAGAUGCCAAAUAAACAAUUAAAACCAAGAGUUGCUUUUAUUGAACCAAUUAACAAACAGAUUACGACUACUAUUACUACUACUAAUACUACUAAUACUACUACUACUACUACUAACAGGGACGAUAAUAAUGAUAGUAAGAAAGUUGAUUUACUUAGCAUUCAAAAUAAACAAUCUGCCCAUGAAACUGACAAUAAAAUCAAAUUUAUCAAAAAUGAAACAAAACAUGAAAAUAAACUAAAGUUAAGUUUGUCUGAUCGAUUUCCUGGUUGGGGUGUCAUCACAGACGAUGAUGAGGAUGAGGAUGAGGAUGAUGAGAAUUACAAGUUGGAUGCGGAAGUAGGGGAGAAACAUGAUCAAUCGAAAAGUUUAGAGAAUUCAAAACAGUCAUCAUUACAAAAGAAUAUUGAAUAUGAUCGAAUAGCUGCUAACAAGGAAUAUUAUAUUCAUGAAAAUAUUCCCAACAACAAAUCUAAUGUAAAUAAUGAGAUAAAUAAUAAAGAGCACAAUACAAAUCAUGAUCAGUCAACCAGUGAACAACCUCUCAAUACUCGAUUAUCACAAUCAAAUUUAAUGGAUUGUGAAGAACCAAUUUUCCAGUUACAACAUCAACAACCACAAUAUUGGCUACCGAUUCAACCAUUGAAAUCAAUUGAAAAACAACGAAGUUCUUCCAUUCUAACUAAUCCACGUAAAUCACUUGCAAUGAUUUUUUCACAGAUUAGUAAUAAUUUAGGCUUUACACCACUACCAACAACAACAUCAACAACAACAGCACAAGAACCGACAUCAUUUGAUUAUUUUUCAAAUGAUGAAUAUUAUUCACCGUCUAAUUAUUAUCAGCGAAAAAAUACCAAAUUUUUAUCAUCUGAUCAACCAUUUAAACAAAUCCCUUCUAAACUUAGUACAAAUAAUUAUAAUGGUAAUUCUAAUACAGAAAUUCAUACAAAAUCUGCCCGAGCAAAUUUUUUGCAUCAUAAAGGCCUAAGUUUUGAUAAUAAUAAUCAUCAUAAUAGUAAUAGUGGUAGUAAUAGUAAUAGUAAUAAGAUCGGCGGUAUACGAAGUAGUAUUUCAAGUCAACGUUUAAUGGAACAUAGUUUUUUCAGUACACUAUUAAGUGGCAAUCAAAAUCAGCAUAGAACUGGUGGUUCAAUGGAUACAUUGUCUAAUAUGCAUCAGAACAAGUUGACCAAUCUAAAUAGUAAUAAUAAUACUACAACUACUACUACUAAUAAUAAUAGUAGUAAUACAAUUCUACAACCAUCAUCACAACUGACACCGACAACAACACCGACAACAACAAAUCCAGUUGAUCGAUCAAUUCUAGUAGAUUUACUGUGUUGUACAUGUUGUACCAAUUCAGAUGAUGAAGCAUAUACAAAUCUGAUUGAAAAUCAUCGUUUAGCUCGUUUUGUUACAAUGGGUGCUAUAUUGACUAUAUUGGGUUUAAUAUUUGCUUAUAUAAUACGUUCUGCAACUGAAACUGCAACAACACCGACAACACCAACGUCAACACCGACAACAACAACCUUAACACAAACUACAACACUUGUCAAUUUAACUAAUAUUGCUUCAAUUUCUGUUACUUCUCCUUCUACGACUCAUUCUACAUUGAAUUUGAUCAUGAAUUCAACGUUCAAUAAUCAACAAUUCAUCGAACAAUUAGAAAAUUUGUCAAAUUUGUACAAUUCAACUUAUAAUAAUAAUAAUAAUGAGUUAGAUUCAGUUGACAUUUUAAAUAACGAUGUGAAUAGUAGUAGAGCGAUAAGCAUUGAUCAUCAUCAUCAUCAUAAUAGUAAUAAUAAUAAUAAUAAUAAUAAUGAUAGAACAACUAAUUAUCAUCAAUCAAUAUUCAAUCUUGGUGUCAAACUUCCUUUUUCUGCUUUGGAUUCGCCAAUACGUGCCAAACCACCCUCGUCUGUACGUGUUCCUCCACCGCCUUCAAUAAAUCAAUAUCAUCAUCAAUAUCAUCACCGUCAAUAUCAUCAUCCUCUUGACUAUCAUCAUCAUCAGCAGCAGCAGCAACAACAACAUUACACAUCAACAUCCACGUCAGUGCCACACAAACAAAUCAAUAUUAAACAGGAUAGUAGUUGUUCUUCACCAUCUUUAUUAUCCAUUCAAGAAUCAAUCAUUACACCGAAUCAAUAUUCAAACUUUAAAUGCACAAAUAUUCCACAAUUUAAUAAUGUACAAAAUGCAUAUAAGAGUUUCAAUAAUGAUAACUUUUAUACUACUAAUACUACUACUACGACUACUACCACUAAUCAUCACAUAAAUACUACUAAUAAUGACAAAUGUUCAUCAUUAGAAAAAUUAAUUGUUUCAUCAUCACAUAAAACAAUAGAAUCAACAUUCGACACAAUAUCACCGAAUGAAUCAAUGAAAAAAUCAACUGGUACACCAAAAGUAUCCUAUUCCACAAUGACUUCAAUUAGUCAUCCUUCAACGGAACAUGUCAUAGUAAAUGAGAUGUCAAAUAAACAGUUAAAACCAAGAGUUGCUUUUAUUGAACCAAUUAACAAACAGAUUAGUACUACUAUUACUACUAAUACUACUAAUACUACUACUACUACUAAUAGUAAUGAUAAUAAUGAUGGUAAGAAAGUUGAUUUACUUAGCAUUCAAAAUAAACAAUCUGCCCAUGAAAAUGACAAUAAAAUCAAAUUUAUCAAAAAUGAAACAAAACAUGAAAAUAAACUAAAGUUAAGUUUGUCUGAUCGAUUUCCUGGUUGGGGUGUCAUCACAGAUGAUGAUGAGGAUGAGGAUGAUGAUGAGAAUUACAAUUUGGAUGCGGAAAUAGGGGAGAAACAUGAUCAAUCGAAAAGUUUAGAGAAUUCAAAACAGUCAUCAUUACAAAAAAAUAUUGAAUAUGAUCGAUCAGCUGCUAACAAGGAAUAUUAUAUUCAUGAAAAUAUUCCCAACAACAAAUCUAAUGUAAAUAAUGAGAUAAAUAAUAAAGCGAGUAAUACAAAUCAUGAUCAGUCAAUCAGCGAACAACCUCCCAAUACUCGAUUAUCACAAUCAAAUUUAAUGGAUUGUGAAGAACCAAUUUUUCAAGUACGACAUCAACAACCACAAUAUUGGCUACCGAUUCAACCAUUGAAAUCAAUUGAAAAACAACGAAGUUCUUCCAUUCUAACUAAUCCACGUAAAUCACUUGCAAUGAUUUUUUCACAAAUUAGUAAUAAUUUAGGCUUUACACCAUCAACAACAACGACAACAGCACAAGAACCAACAUCAUUUGAUUAUUUUUCAAAUGAUGAAUAUUAUUCACCGUCUAAUUAUUAUCAACGAAAAAAUACAAAAUUUUUAUCAUCAGAUCAACCAUUUAAACAAAUCCCUUCUAAACUUAGUACAAAUAAUUAUAACGGUAAUUCUAAUACAGAAAUUCAUACAAAAUCUGCCCGAGCAAAUUUUUUGCAUCAUAAAGGCCUAAGUUUUGAUAAUAAUAAUCAUCAUAAUAGUAAUAGUGGUAGUAAUAGUAAUAGUAAUAAGAUCGGCGGUAUACGAAGUAGUAUUUCAAGUCAACGUUUAAUGGAACAUAGUUUUUUUAGUACACUAUUAAGUGGCAGUCAAAAUCAGCAUAGAACUGGUGGUUCAAUGGAUACAUUGUCCAAUAUGCAUCAGAACAAGUUGACCAAUCUAAAUAGUAAUAAUAAUACUACAACUACUACUACUAAUAAUAAUAGUAGUAAUACAAUUCUACAACCAUCAUCACAACUGACACCGACAACAACACCGACAACAACAAAUCCAGUUGAUCGAUCAAUUCUAGUAGAUUUACUGUGUUGUACAUGUUGUACCAAUUCAGAUGAUGAAGCAUAUACAAAUCUGAUUGAAAAUCAUCGUUUAGCUCGUUUUGUUACAAUGGGUGCUAUAUUGACUAUAUUGGGUUUAAUAUUUGCUUAUAUAAUACGUUCUGCAACGGAAACUCAAACUAUGCCUAAUACUACUACUGCAACAACACCGACAACACCUACAACACCAACACCCACAACAACAACCUUAACACACACUACAACAAUUGUCAAUUUAACUAAUAUUGCUUCAAUUUCUGUUACUUCUCCUUCAACGACUCAUUCUACAUUGAAUUUGAUCAUGAAUUCAACGUUCAAUAAUCAACAAUUCAUUGAACAAUUAGAAAAUUUGUCAAAUGUUUACAAUUCAACUUAUAAUAAUGAUAAUCAGUUAGAUUCAGUUGACAUUUUAAAUAAUGAUGUGAAUAGUAGUAGAGCGAUAAGCAUUGAUCAUCAUCAUCAUAAUAGUAAUAAUAAUGAUAGAACAACUAAUUAUCAUCAAUCAAUAUUCAAUGUCACUUUACUUUGA